UAUUUGUAUUUGUUUAAUUGAAAUAAUUUAUGUUCUGAGAAACCAAGAUUAUGGGGUUGUGGCACUUCAGUUGAGAAAUUUCGAACAAAAAGCCCAUACCAUAAACCCUCCCUCGACUGACGGCGCCAGCGUUGCAGACGACAAUCAAACACUGAUGAGUGUGUUAUUAUAAAUCGAUCAGAUCUGCAAUCAAACACUGUUGCCAAGUUCCGAUCUCACUCGCUGCUUGCGUAGAAUGACGACGAUCAGAGACGCUUUACUAUGCUUCUUGAUCGUAAUUCAUUCAUUUUCAGCAGCUUCCGCUGACUCCAUCCACGGCUGUGGUGGCUUCGUCGAGGCUAGUACGUCUUUGAUGAAGUCGAGGAAGCUACAUGAUACGAAAUUGGAUUAUUCUCAUAUAACGGUUGAGCUUCGCACCUUGGAUGGACUGGUCAAGGAUAGAACUCAGUGCGCUCCCAAUGGCUACUACUUCAUUCCGGUGUAUGACAAGGGUUCUUUUGUGAUCCAAAUUAAUGGACCAGAAGGGUGGGCGUGGGACCCAGAGAAGGUUUCUGUCAUCGUUGAUGAUAAUGGUUGCAAUGGCAAUGAAGAUGUAAAUUUCCGCUUUACAGGAUUCACCAUAUCUGGUAGGGUGGUGGGAGCUGUUGGUGGAGAGAGCUGUACCCUUAAAAAUGGAGGUCCUUCAAAUGUAAAUGUUGAAAUUUUGUCUCCUAACGGUGAUCUCAUUUCUUCUGUUUUUACAUCAUCAGUGGGGAGCUACUUGUUCACAAAUAUUCUUCCAGGAAAAUAUGAAUUACGCGCAUCACAUCCUGAUCUGAAAGUUGAAGUGAGAGGCUCCACAGAGGUAGAAUUGGGGUUUGGAAAUGGUGUAGUCAAUGACAUUUUCUUCGUCCCUGGAUAUGAUGUCCGUGGGUUUGUUGUUUCUCAGGGAAAUCCAAUAUUGGGAGUUCACAUUUAUCUAUAUUCAGAUAAUGUCUUAGAGGUAGAUUGUCCCCAAGGUUCUGCUAAUGCCCCUGGAGAAAGAAAGGCUCUCUGUCAUGCUGUAUCUGAUGCUGAUGGAAGGUUCACGUUUAAGUCGAUACCAUGUGGAAGUUAUCAGCUCAUACCUUUCUACAAGGGUGAAAACACAGUUUUUGAUAUUUCACCACCUGUUGCAUCGGUUAUUGUUGAGCAUCAACACGUGACAGUUCCCCAAAAGUUUCAGGUCACUGGGUUUUCUGUUGGGGGCCGUGUUAUUGAUGGGAAUGAUGUCGGAGUGGAGGGUGCUAAAAUUAUAGUUGAUGGUCAUGAAAGGUCUGUCACUGACAAACAAGGAUAUUACAAGCUUGACCAGGUUACAUCCAAUCGUUAUAUGAUAGAGGCCAUAAAGGAGCAUUACAAGUUCAACGUACUGAAGGAUUAUAAGGUAUUGCCAAACAUGGCUUCAGUGACAGAUAUUAAAGCAGUUUCCUAUGAUGUAUGUGGUGUAGUUCAGAUUGUUAGUGGUGGUUUCAAGGCAAAGGUAGCUUUGACUCAUGGACCAGAGAAUGUCAAACCUCAAGUGAAACUGACAGAUGGAAAUGGAAAUUUCUGCUUUGAGGUUCCACCAGGUGAAUAUCGCUUAUCAGCUAUGGCAGCUAUGCCUGAGAGUGCUCCUGGACUCCUGUUUUUGCCAUCAUAUGUUGAUGUUGUAGUCAAAAGUCCAUUGAUGACUAUUGAAUUUUCUCAGGCAUUAGUCAAUGUACUUGGUACGGUCACCUGCAAGGAGAAUUGUGGCCCAUCUGUUUCUGUUGCCUUAGUAAGAAAUGCUGGUAAACGUGAUGAAGAGAGAAAGACAGUCAGUUUGACUGAAAACAGCAGUGAAUUCCUCUUUUCAGAUGUCAUCCCUGGAAACUACAGAAUUGAGGUCAGACAUAAUUCUCCAGAAUCAGAGGUUAGGGAAGAUAACUGGUGCUGGGAGCAGAGCUUCAUUGAUUUGGAUGUUGGUGCUGAGGAUGUAAAAGGCGUGGUAUUUGUUCAAAAAGGUUACUGGGUUAAUGUUGUCUCCACCCACGAUGUGGAUGCUUACAUGACUCAAGCAGAUGGUUUGUCAGUGAAUAUGAAAAUUAAGAAAGGUUCCCAGCAUAUAUGCGUAGAAUCUCCUGGAUUGCAUGAACUUCAUUUUGUUGACUCAUGUAUUUUCUUUGGAAGCUCAUCAAUGAAGAUUGAUACAUCCAAUCCUUUGCCCAUCUUUCUAAGAGGAGAGAAGUAUCUACUUAAGGGACUGAUCAGUGUUGAGUCUAGCACAGUUAAUGGUGUGUAUGAAGUACCCGAGAGUAUCACUGUGGACAUUCUGAACAGUGAGGGCAGUGUUGUUGAUGGUACCACAGCUAAAGUUAGUUCCAAUGACAAUGAUCAAACCAGUAAUGCAAUGUAUGAGUAUUCUGUGUGGGCUAAUCCUGGAGACAAACUUACCUUUGUUCCUCGGGACCCAAGGAAUAAUGGGGAGAAGAAGAUCUUGUUUUAUCCAAGAAAACGUCAUGUCUCAGUGACAAGUGAUGGUUGUCAAGCUUCUGUUCCUCCAUUUUCUGCACGAUUGGGAUUAUAUAUUGAAGGAUCCGUUUCUCCCCCCCUUUCCGGUGUGCAUGUUAGGAUUCUUGCUGCUGGAGAUAGCCACAUUGCUGCCCUUAAGAGUGGUGAAUUGGUACUCGGAACUACCACAGAUACUCAUGGCUUCUUCACUGGGGGACCUCUAUAUGAUGACAUAACUUACAGCGUUGAGGCUUCAAAGCCUGGCUAUCAUCUAAAGCGGGUUGGACCUCAUUCCUUUUAUUGUCAAAAGCUUGGUCAAAUAUCUGUACGCAUAUAUUCAAAAGAUGGUUCUGAAGAACCUAUUCCUUCCGUGCUUCUAUCACUGAGUGGUGACGAGGGUUAUAGGAAUAACUCAGUAUCUGGGGUUGGUGGGACAUUCCUUUUUGAUAACUUAUUUCCUGGAACUUUCUAUCUGCGUCCUCUGCUAAAGGAGUAUGCUUUCUCACCUCCGGCCCAGACUAUAGAACUUGGUUCUGGGGAGACUAGCGAAGUCAUUUUCCAGGCCACCCGUGUGGCUUACAGUGCUACAGGUGUGAUCAGUUUGCUGUCUGGCCAACCAAAAGAAGGUGUUUCAGUUGAAGCCCGGUCAGAGUCCAAAGGCUACUAUGAGGAAACGGUGACUGAUUCAUCUGGAAGUUAUCGUCUGAGAGGGCUCCAUCCUGACACUAACUAUGUAAUCAAAGUAGUUAAAAGGGAUGGUCCGGGUAGCUCUAGAAUCGAGCGGGCAUCUCCAGAAUCCAGUACUAUUGAAGUUCGAUCCGAGGAUAUCAGGGGAUUAGAUUUUCUGGUCUUUGAACAGCCAGAGAUCACCAUUUUAAGUUGUCACGUUGAAGGAAAGGGAAUAGAGGAACUAAAUUCAUAUCUAACGGUAGAAAUAAAGUCAGCUACUGACGUGUCUAAGAUUGAGUCUGUCUUCCCUCUGCCACUUUCCAACUUCUUCCAGGUGAAGGACUUGCCCAGGGGUAAGCACCUUCUGCAGCUCCGAUCUAGUCUCCCAUCGAGCACCCACAAAUUCAAGUCUGAUAUUAUUGAGGUCGACUUAGAGAAGAAUACACAAAUUCAUGUUGGCCCACUCAGAUACAAAGUUGAAGAGGAUCAUCACAAGCAGGAUUUGACUCCUGCACCGGUCUUUCCUCUAAUUGUUGGGGUUUCAGUGGUUGCCCUGUUUAUCAGUAUGCCAAGAUUAAAGGACUUGUAUCAAUCCACAAUGGAAAUACCGACCCCGGGAUUCACUGCAACUGCAAAGAAGGAAACGCGAAAGCCAAUUUUGAGGAAGAAGACUUACUGAAUACCUCUUGUGCCUCUAGAAUACUGGAAGUUUUGGUGUUAUAUCUAAUUGUGUUACGAGAUCAAACCUGGCAGAGAGCAUUAGUGUUUUCUAAUACUAAUUAGGGUAGUUGUUUUCUUUCUAAUUUAAAACUUUAGGGUUAAUCUUGAAGCAAAUGUAGUCAUUUAGAAUAACCUGUUCACUCCCAAUUAAUGUUGGUUUAUUUCAU